AUGAGUAAUUCAAGAAGAGAGAUCUUACGUGAAGCAGCGAAAGCAAAGAAAGCAAAGCAACAAAAGCCCCAAACUGUUGACGACGUUUUUGAAGAAGCCAUUGAACAAGAAGAGAGUGGAGAUCGCUGGCGGCUCGAUCCUGAAAAGUGCUAUCGAUUCUAUGAUAAGGCCUCGAAAGCCUAUGAUGAGUACUUGGCAGCCAAGCCAAAUGAUUUUGAUGCUUGGUUUAACAAAGCUAGACUCUAUUUAAAUAUGGUAUCGAAUUGCGAUAUGCUGUCAAGUAAGUCGAACCAAUAUCUGCAAAGCAGUAUUGAUCUGCAUCAAAAAGCCUUGAGUCUAGAAACAAAUUCCGAAGCAUAUUUUAACCUUGCGCAAACCCACAAGUACCUUGCUGAAAACAGCACAGAAAGUGGUUAUGAGCAAUUGGCAUUACCGCACAUCCAGGCUGCGUUGGAUGCAUGCAUGAAAUGCUCAGUGCUUCAGCAAGAAGAAUUUCUCCAAAAAAAGUUGGAGUUGGAACAAAUUUUCUUUUCCGGUACUGCUAACAUUGAUUUUGAGAAAUUUCAUGCAAACGUGUCCCAGGCCGAUGAAGACUCAGCCGUUCUUUUGGGAGAAAUUGCUGCUUUGGCUGCGGGCACAAGUUCUUUCAUGGAUUCCGACUAUGAAAAUCUGAGUCAACUUGUGCAAUCGGUUUCUGAAAAGUAUGAUGUAUUAAAAUUUAUGGACUGGCACCUGGCAAGGGAAAAGCGCCUCGUAUUAUCAGGACAGCAUUCAGAACAAGCAUGGGUUAAUUUAUUACAAGUCUACGAUGACCGCCUGUCACAACUACCUGAACUUAACUUGCAGAAUCCGUUACAGGCAUCAAACGCUCCUACAAAACCCAUCCAUAUUCAAUUGCUGUGUGAUAAGGCCGACGCGUUUGUAGAUUUUGCGGAAACCUUAAUUCAAGCACAUAUGCAACAAAGCUCAACUCCAUCUGUGGAAGUCUUGACAAGGGCAUGGAAUAUAUACGGCCAGGCCGCAAAAGCACUGAAAUUGGCGAGCACAUAUGAUGGCAGCCGUACGAGGAUAUGGAUCAGUAGGGCGGAUUUGGAGAUUCAAAGAACAAAUAUUCCUCUGGCUAUUGCUGAAAAUUCAAAGUCUGUUUUGUUGAACAAUGCAAAGGUUAUGUAUGAACGAGCGUACAAGGAAACUCAAACUAGAAAAACCACUAGAACGUUUUACGAAAUUGUUGUCAAACAUGAGCAACUCCAAACAAAGUUGGGAAUUAUUCCAGUCACUUGUCUUGCUGUGAUUCCUAAUGAAGCAAAAGAAGACAUCUUGGAGAGUCUAUAG